AUGGACCCCGCUCCAGCCGCCUCAGCCACGAGGAAUUACAAGCGUGAUAAUGAUGGCAACGAUGGGCAUCCGCUGGGUGAAUUCCUAACAGGCAAGUACGCCGUGACAAGCGCGCUGCAGGCGCGCUUCAUCAACCAGUACGACCCCAUGUAUGACAGGCCCUACACCCACUACGAACUCAACACAAAUCGCUACUUGGACGAGGAGCUCUGCCGCCUCCUUGAGGAAGAUCGUCGCAACAACACCCAGCACCACUUGCAGACGGACAAGAUUGAAAAGGCCUUCAUGCUUGCGCUCUUGGCACAUGAGGCGAUCUUGCGUAGCUAG